AUGGCGUCCUCAGCAGGGAUGGACGUUGAUCAGGUGGACGAGCACUACCUCGAGCAUGCCGCUGCAUCAUCCUCCACGCCGACAUCUCUCAAAUCGUUCUACCCCAAGUUCCAGCAGUUGCACGACCGAAAGCUAUGGUAUCAGCUCACCUUGACCAUUGAGGAGUUCCUCAACCACCCCGACUCGCAGACCCCUCCAAUUCAGAUCGAGCUUUACGACAAAUUUGUGCGCCGCUUCUCGUCGAAGAUCAACCAGCUGCAACUUGCAGCGAUCGGUAUCAAAGUUGCAAGACAGUACCCAGAUCCAGCAAAGGCGCUCGAGUUCUUGGAACAGCUCGCAACCAAGCUCGACUCGCCCGGCUCUCAAGAUGCAUAUGUAUACGCAUUGAUGGAGGCUGCGCACUUCAAACUGCUUCUGGGCGAUGCCGAUGGAACGAAGGUGGCGAUGGACAAGUGUGGCAAGAUCUUGGACGGCUUCGAUGCAGUGGAGACAGCGGUGCACGCAAGCUUCUACCGCGUCUGUGGUGAUUUCUACAAGGCGAAAGCGGAGUAUGCCAACUACUACAAGAACUCGCUUCUCUAUCUCGCCUGUGUCAACGUCGACACUGAUCUGACCGACGACGCGCGUGUCCAGCGUGCGCACGACCUCAGCAUCUCAGCGUUGCUCGGUGAUACGAUCUACAACUUCGGCGAGCUUCUGCUGCACCCCAUCCUUGCCUCACUCGGCAAGAGCCAACAGUACGCGUGGAUCUCUGACUUGCUUUUCGCCUUCAACGCGGGCGACAUUGGUCGAUUCGAAGCGCUCAACCCACACUUGCCAAAGGAGCCCAUUUUGGCAGAGAACGUUCCUUUCUUGCGACAAAAGAUCUGCCUGAUGUCGCUCAUCGAAAGCGUGUUCAAGCGUGCAGCGGACGAUCGCACCAUCGCCUUCUCAAUCAUCGCUGCGGAGACCAAGCUGCCUGUGGACGAAGUCGAGCAUCUGGUGAUGAAGGCGCUCAGUUUGAAGCUGAUUCGCGGUACAUUGGAUCAGGUAGAUCAGCUGGCGAGGAUCACCUGGGUUCAGCCAAGAGUGUUGGAUCAUCGACAGAUCCAGGCAUUGCAAGGAAGGCUGAACAACUGGUGUAAGAAGGUGGAAGAGGUUUCGGAGUAUGUCAAGAACCAGACUCCCGAAUUGUUUGUCUCAGCAUAA